UAUGUUCCCCAGUCUCCUAAAAUGCUCUCAGGACUCGGCUUCUUCGUCACUUCGCUUUAAGGCGCUCCAAAGCGUUAGGAUACCGGAAAUAUCCAAGACUGACUCACAGCCCGAACACGCAAGCGGCGGCUGACGGGCUCUGUGAUCGACCGAAAGGAGUCAGCUGCGAAGACGGGCCUGGACGGCUGGCCGCGAAUGAAGUUCGGAUCCCGGCGGUUUCUUGGACUGGUGGUUGAAAACUGGAGAUCCGAGACUUGGCGAGGACGGAGUAAACGUGAAUGAGGACGGGAGCUGCAGAUUUGGGAGUUCGGUGUCAGGACAGUUAUAUAUAUUGAAGGGGGGGAGGUGCUGAUGUGGUUGGUCUCUAGGCCCUGACAUUCAUGCUUGCUGCUUUAAGACAUCGCUGGAUCGUGCAUAGUCAAGCCAGUGCACUCCUGCUUCAGGAAUGGCUCCGCAGUUUCGCAGUUAUGUCUGGGAUCCUGCUCUUAUCCUCUCCCAGAUCGUACUCAUGCAGGCAGUUUACUAUAGCUCGCUGGGACUCUGGUUGGUUCUGGUGGACAGCCUGGUUCAAAACAGCCCUUCCCUUGACCAGAUUUUCAGCUAUGAGGUUUUGGGGUUCUCCACCUCACCUGGCAGGCUUGCUAUGAUGGCUUUCAUCCUGAAUGCACUCACCUGUGCCAUCGGCUUACUGUAUUUCAUUCGGCGAGGAAAGCAGUGUUUGGAUUUCACAGUCACCGUUCACUUUUUCCAUCUUUUGGGCUGCUGGAUUUACAAUGCACACUUUCCAACUGCCUUGACAUGGUGGCUUGUACAUACUGUGUGUACAGCACUCAUGGCUGUGAUUGGGGAAUACCUCUGUAUGCGAACAGAACUGAAGGAAAUCCCAUUAAAUUCAGCUCCCAAAUCCAAUGUAUAGAUUCCCAGUAGAUCCCGUCUCUUUCUCCGUCGGCUUCAUCAUCUUGGUGCUAAUGUGGUACAUGAGAAUGUCUUUAAAGCAACCCAGCAGGUCUGUACUUACUUUUUUUAAACAAAACAACUUGGCUGGAAGCCUGAGGUUUGUGAUGCUUCCAUAGGUACAAGAUGGGACAAAUCAGAUUUUGAUAAAGCACACUUUAACGCUCAUGUAGGCACACCCAUUUUGCUUCAGUGGCACAGACAAGAUUCCGUGAUGGACAACAAAACAAAAGCAGAAAAUGGGCUCCUUUUGUGAGAUGCGCACUGGGUUGUAGGAAUUGGAGCUGCCUUUCUCUGCAUUAUGGAAGCCACCAAGACAGUUGACUUUAGGCAGUGCACAACAAAAGUUCCAUUUUGCUCCCCACCAUACCUCUUAUUUCUGUUUUACUUCCAGUCUUUUGAAUUAAAAAUCAAAGAGCUCAGACAAAGUAGUAAGGCAUGAUGCUGUAUUUCUCACUUGGCUGCUGUGAUUCCAGAAAACGUGGCUAAAGGCAAAGAGGAAAGUGACCAUAUUUAUUGGACUGAAGAGAAUGAGUUGUGGAAAGUAAAUAAAACUGCCAUUUUGCAUUGGGGUUUUGCUGCUUACUGAUCAGGUGGAGUAAUAUUGUUGCUUUACAUGGCAACGGCGGAGAAAUGGGAGUCAUCGGACAGGAAUAUUGUUCAAGAAGCAACCAAGAAGGUAAAUGGCACCCUACAAGUCGGCCAGCUUGGCACCCUUUAUGUCUAGCAUAGAGGGCUAGCUGUAGGCUGUAGUUGCUCCAGAUGAGCCUUUUUGUUGUGUAGUAUUGCAAUGAAUGUACUUCCUUCUCUCUGAUCGUCAAAUUCUAGUACUUAUAAUCAAGGACACUAUCUUUUUCUGUUACAGAAUGCUGUGUUGGCACAUAAAGAACAGGACUAUUAACUAGUUUCUGAACUGAGCCAUAUCAAGAGAAAUUUGUUCUGCAUACAACUUCAGUUAUUGCCUGUGCAUAGAGGCCUGUGUAGCUACCUAAUAGCCUCUGUCUCAUAUGGUCAAAACUGUCCCCUUUUUAAAAGGGUGGGGUUGUUUUGGACAAGAGGCUUAAUGUGUAAUAGAGCCAUUUGUAGCUGUCAAUGGAAAUAACUGGUUUUAAACAAUGACUUUACUUCCUUGCAGAUACACCACUGAGCUUUCCUUUGUACAUAAAUAUUUGUCAAUGGUAUUAGUUUGUAUAAAUUAUAUGGGUAAGUUAAUGCUUGGUUUGUAAUGAUUAGGGGGAUAAUUUUGCAAAUGGAUCUCGAUAAACUGUCUCAAAAGCU